UUACGGUCUCACUCGUUGUGAGUAAUAUUUUUUGGUUGUAAAAAUAAUUAAGCUGUUGUCCAAAUGUCUCACCAAACGGGAAUUCGAGCCAACGAACAGCUAGCUAAGGUGUUUGGAAAAGCUAAGAAUGGUAAAUUACGCGUGAUAAAAGUUUCCAUCGAGAAUGAGCAGCUGAGCUGCAGCGCCACGGCGGAGACGAAAAAGGACUGGGAACGAGAUUACGACAAGUUAAUAGGACCUCUUCUCGAGAAGGAUGUGCCCUGCUAUAUUCUCUACCGUUUGGACGCCAAGAUUCCACUGGGCUACAGUUGGCUGCUCAUCAGCUGGACACCAGAUACGGCAAGCAUCCGACAGAAAAUGGUCUACGCCUCCACAAAGGCCACGUUAAAAACCGAAUUUGGAUCGGCCUACAUCACCGAGGAGCUGCAUGCCACCACUUUGGAUGAGUCGACACUGGAGGGAUAUCGCCGGCAUAAGCAGGAGUUUGCAGCUCCCGCUCUAACCACUAGGGAAGAGGAGCUCAAGGAGCUGCGGAAAACGGAGGUGCACACAGAGAUUAACACUAAUACUCGGCACCAAACUCUGGGCGGGAUUAACUGCCCCCUGACCGAGCAGACUGUGGCCGCUAUUCAGGAUCUGGUUCGCGGCAAACACGAUUACCUGCAAUUCCGUAUUGAUCUGGAGGAGGAGAAAAUCCAUCUCUCUCAUGCGGCAAAAGUAGAACUCGCCGAUCUUCCAAAGCAGGUGCCCGAGGAUCACGCUCGCUACCACCUCUUCUUGUUCCGGCACACGCACGAAGGUGACUACUUCGAGUCGUAUGUGUUCGUCUACUCAAUGCCGGGAUAUUCUUGCUCAGUGCGAGAGCGCAUGAUGUACUCCAGCUGCAAGGCUCCUUUCCUCGACGAACUGGCCGCCCUCGGCGUGGAGGUCGUCAAAAAGCUCGAAAUCGACAGUGGCAGCGAGUUGACUGAAGCUUACCUGCAAGACGAGCUGCACCCAAAGAAAAUCCUACACCGGCCGGCUUUUGCCAAGCCCAAGGGUCCACCAAACCGUGGCGCCAAGCGCCUCACGCGUCCCACCGCCGAGGACUAAGUCUGAACUCCCGAUCCCAUCGAGUCAAAUCUAUUUAUCAACCUUCUACCUUUUGUUCCUGGGAGAGCAUUUAAUUUAUUGUAUCCAAACGAGUUCCGUGUUCAUUCGUAUAUCUUCUUUUUCGUGUUGUGUCCCAUCUGUCGUCCUGUAUCUAUAUAAAUUGUUCUACGUGAAUCGAUAUUUUUAGAGGCAAUAGGCAUUAACUGAAACAUCGCAUAGCAGCAGCCAACAUGGGCUUCCUAAAAUGUAUUCUUGUCUAUGUAACUUUAGAUGGACAUAUUUGCAAUUUAUUUAAAUUAAAAAAACUCAACUAAGUUUA